CAUAUUAAGAUGAAAGGCUCAGAGAAUUAGUACAAACAAGAAUAUCCAAACUUGAUUGCUUGUUUUAUUAGAAACACCUAUCAUUUACCCUUAAUAAAGGCAGACUUACAGGACAAAAUAGAAGAAUAAUUUGAUCAAGAGUAAAUAGAAAAUGAAUACACAAUUGAUACAAAUCUAUAGAUAGAAUAAGCAGAAAUCUUUAAAUGCUUUAAUCCUGAGGCCCUUAAUGAAGCUCUAUUUUAAAACGCCACAAUCCUUAGAAAAUUUGGUAGAAUCAGAUCGUUGAUAUCUAGAGGUUAGUAUUUAGCAGUCGGGAGUAAUUUAGGAGCGGUACUUAAUUUUUAUAUUGGUGCUGAUCCUCCAAACAAGUCAUACAUUGAAUUGAAAAGUCAAUUGCUUUAUGCAGCAGAAAUUUGCUAAACAGAACAUGGUAGUGUAAACUAAUUAAGUUUUAAUUUAUCUCAAUAGCAACUUUCUGUUGGAUUUGAUAAUGGGGUUAUAGGAAUAUAUGAUGUUGUAAAUAUGAAACAUUUGAAAUGGGUUAAGGUACAUUAGAUAAGAAUAGUUUCCUUGGGAUAUGUUAAUGAAAAUACAUUUGUGUCAGGAGAUGAAUAAGGCAAUUGUUUUAUGACCAGGUGUGCCAAAGGUAGAAUAUUCUAUGAUUUGGAUUCUCAAUUCAUUAUUAAAUCAUAACCAAUGUCUAUCAUCAGGUCUAUUCCUAUCAAAUGUAAGCCUUUAUUCAAUUUUCCUGAAUAUACUAUUGUUGCUUUGGGUAAUGGAUACAAGUGUUGGGUUCUUAGGAUUCAAGAUUCAAAUGUCACUUAAUUUACAAUCUUAGCAGACUUUUAAAAUGAUGCUCCAGAAAAUAAUUAGUGUGUUCUGGAAUGGGAUAUUCUUAAAAUUGAUGAUAAAGAUAAAUUAGUUUUAGGAAUCUCCUGGACAAAUUAGACUAAAUCCUUUUUAUUCUAAGGAACUGAAUAUGUGGAGGGUAAAAUAAGAGCAAAUUUUAAAUUACUGAAAGAAAUCAAGCUGUCUGCAAACGUAAAAUUAAAUAAAAUUAUUAGUUUAUAUAUAUGAAUUCAAUUUAUAAUGAUUUGGUUUUGUUAUUAACUGAAAAAGGAACAGUGUACACUAGCAAUUUUUCAAAUUAUAAGACUUAAAAGAUUAUGCAAAUGGAAUAAUUUGAACCUUUGCCUCUUAUGUAUUGGAAAGAUAAUAAAUACGAGAGUUAAUUUAAUGUAUGCAUUUCAAAUAAUGAAAUUCUCUAAGAAAUAUACAUUUUAACAAGUCAAAAUGUUACAGUGUUGAAAUACUAUAAAUUCGAGGAUAAAAUUCGACAUUUUAUGGAAAAUCAAUAAUUCUUAUUGUGUUUUUAAUUGAUUUUAUGUAUACAUAAAAAAGUGUUUAUGGAAUUUGAUAGAUAAAAGUUACUAUUAUUUGCACAAUAAAUAAUUGAUUUGUAUAGUAAAUAGAUAGCUAGAUUACAAAUUGGUGGUAAAUCAGAAGAAGCAAAGAAAAGAGGAAUUUCCUUAGUAAAAUUCAUUAUUGAUAUUGGUACAGAACAAUAUUUAAGCUCUGUAUGCGAUUUACUAUCGAAAACUUUGAAUGAUGAAUCUACUUUCUUUUUGAGUAUUGUGGAACCCUUCAUUAUUAAUAAAUAAUUCAAAUUCAUCCCUGAUGAAAUUCUGUUAAAACUAAUAUCUCUGUUGAAAGGUCAGAAAGCGAAGAUUUUCUUAUUGCUUAAUUAAUUAGAUCUUAAUCGAGUGAAUUACUCAAUUUAUUUAUAAGCUUGUUUAGAAAGCUAAUUGUUUUCCCCUAUGAUUUAUUUGUGUACUAGUUCAGCCAAAAAUGAGUUUUUAACUCCAUUAUUUUAAAUAUGGAACUAUAGCAUGAAAUAAUCGUAAUUGGAGAACUUUGAAGAAGAAAUCAUAAGUGUUAGAAAAGUGAUUUCUUUCAUUGAGUAUAUUUUGAUGGGCAAACUCUAUGAUGGUACAACAAUCCCAAUUUCUACUUUGAAAGUAAAAUAAUUAAAGAUAAAUCUAGAGUACUAUUGAAAUGAUGGUUGUAUGGAUUUUUGAGGAGAAUAAUCUAAGGAGAAUGAUAUGGGUUGACCCUUAUGGGGCAUUUUAUAUAUUGUAUCAAAUAAUGUCAAUAACAAAAUUACAUUAAAUUGAAUUGGAUCAUUCUAAAUAAUUGUAAAUGUUUGAUAUAUUUAAGGAACGUGAUCUAAAGUGUAUUGAAAAUGUUUAUGAAUCCAACUUAUCGUUGGAAAUUUCAAUAAUAAGAAUUUGAAAUUUAAUAGUAAUUUAACGACAUAAGAGGAUAUGAAAACUAUGAUGUUCAAACCGGCUAUUCAUUCUUUGUAAUUAAGGUUAUCUUUAUUUUGAAAUUGGAAGUAGAAUUCGAUAUAAUGAUGGACAUUUUACUAUUUUGUACAUUCAAUAAAUCUUUCCUUUUCUAUAUAGAUUAUCGAUCUUAUGCAGAAGUGAUUGAAAAAAGCGAGUUAGCUUAAUUAGAAUAACAUUAAAGUCAUUCCGAAAUUAUUGAAUAUUUUUAAUAACGAUUAAUGCUUAAAUUUGUGCAUAUUUUGGUUAAUAAAAUCAAAACUACAAAGCAUAAGGAACAAAUAGAAAUGUUAAAUGGAUUCCAAGAUCUAAAAUAAAUACCAUUAAUAUAGGCGUACCUAUAUUAAUAUGUUGGAGAAUAUCAAACCCCAGUUUCUAUUUACUUGAAGUCUAAUAAUAUUUUAGUUUAAAAGUAAGUCUUCAAAUAUUUACAUGAUACUCUAAUCUCGAUGGUAUAUCAUAUAAACUAUUAUAGUAUGGCAAGGAAACAUAUGCUAAACUUAAUGGAAUGAUCGUAUCAAAAUUAUAAGAUUUACUAAAUUUAGAUAUCCAAAAAACUAGAGAAUUAAUUUGUUAAUUUUAAAAAGACAAUGAACUCUAAAUCAUCGAAAAAUUAAGUUAGAACAAGAAAUUACAAUUAAAAUACAUUGAGACAGUAAUAAAAAAGGAUCUCAAUUCUGAAUUCGGUUUAAGUAAUAUUCUGUUGACAAAACAUAUAGAAGUAAAUUCAUCAAUUAUCUUAAAUAGCUCUUGUGUGAAUUGGAACCUGAAAGUGUAUUACUCUAAUUGUAGAAAAUUAAUUAUCCUUUGGAAGAGGUAUUGGAGAUUUGCAAAAAAUAUCAAAAUAUCGAAUCAACUGCCUACGUUUAUUGCAGAUUGGGUUUUAUUGGAGAUGCAGUUCAAUUAUAGAUUGUUCUCUUAAGAAAUAUGAUAACUAAAGUAAUCGUUAAAUAAAAAAAUGUUGAUACUAUUGAAAAAAGAGAAUAUGAAGAGUUGGAAAACAAAAUGAAUGAGAUUUCAGAUAUAUGUCAAUAUCAUUCAGACAAUCCAGAUAGGAGUUGGUAUUUCUAUUUAGAUAGUCUUAUUGAAUUAAAUAAUGAGAUAUCAGAAGUUUAGCUAAAUAAAAUAGUAAUUAAAAAAAUUGGACAAUUAUUUGAAGUAACUAAUUAAUAAAAAAUAUAUAGGAUAUUUCUACCCACACAUCUUUAGAUUUAUUUGCAUAACGAUUAGGUACUAGAUAUAGUAAUAUUAAUAUUAAGGAGUAUAAAGGAAAUUUUAUUAAGUUAGUCAACACAUUCUCCUAUCAACAUUAUUUCAUUUAAAAUGCAAAAUUUAUAAUUUAACGUUUUUUCAAUAUGGAAUCACAGAACUUUUUGAGAUCUCACCUUGAAGGACAUUUUACAGUAAACUAUUGUGACAUUUGUAAUAAACAAAUAGAAACUAAGGGAUAUAAGUAUUUAUGUGGCCAUUUUAUUCAUGUUGAAUGUAAACAGAAGGAUCAUUAAGCAUGUUCAAAAUGCUUAUAAUCUGAGAGUUUCUUUUUACAACACACAGUUUAAAAAUAGAAGUUAAAAAUUAGUAGAAUGAAAAAUGAUGAACAAAUUAAAUAAGUAGAUACAAAAUAAUUAAGUAAUCAAAUUAUUCUAUACACAGAUCCCACACAUUAAAGGUAAAAGGAGGAAAAAGCAGAAAUAACAAUCAAUAAUUCAGGGAAGCUAUCCCUCUUUGAUCUUGAAAGAGAAAAGAAAUACGAUUUGAGAAUGGAGUCAGAUAUUGGUAAAUUAGUCAAAGCUGAUAUGUGA